UAUGGAGGAGACAAAAUGUUAGACAAAAGGAACUAAAAGAAAAGGAUCAAGACUUACUACAACAUACUGAGGUUAUUUCUUAUAUGAUACUUGAAGAAGCUGAAUAUAAACUAAGAGAUGCUAUCAGUAGCAAAGAGAAGGAAACAAGUCAGUUGCAGCAAGAACUAUUAAUGGUGAAAGCAUUGACAUUACCUGAAGAAGAUGAUUUAUUGUUUGUUCAAAGUGAUACUGAAUCAGUUAAGGAAGUUGAGGAAGAACCACUUUAUGAAGAGUUGACUGUAUUGAGGUCUAAAUUUAAUGAGAUAAAAGAUUUGCCAAACAAAUUAUCAAAAAUGAAGAUUGAGUAUUUGAGAUCACUUGCUAGUAAUACUGAUUCAGCUGCUAGCAGAGUGAGAAGAGGAAUGUCUUUUGAAAUUGAUGACUUCAAAUUUCAUCUUAAAGCAAGGACAAGUCCAGACUAUCAGCCAUUAGUAGAUAAUAAAAGAAUAAUGGGAGAAAUUACAAGAAAGAAUAACAUUAAUGAAUAUGGAACUAAUUACUGAAAGAGAACACAAUGAGAAGAUUAUAAAAGAUA